CUGAACUAUUUAUUUAGUAUUUACUGGACUGUGCCUUGAACUCACUGACACUUGACAGUCCGACAUUUAUUUUGUUUAUUCUUUCUAUGGAGGUUUCCCGUUGGGAAAAGGCUAAGGUAUAUCACCUUAUAGCCAUGUCUUGAGUGUUGUUUUAUUAGAUUGUAAGGCAUAAAGCCAUGUCUUCAGUAGAGUGAUUUUUCUAUUUCGGACAAUUCAAAUGUUUUCAAUUUUGUAAGUGCGCGGAUAAUCUUUGGUGGUUUAUAAAUCUCUGAUAAUGAUGAGUCUGAUAGUUCUGACAUCUGCGGAUAAUUUUUAUUUACCUGUCAAGUCAACACAGAUACUGGACCUAAAUGUGAUUGAUAUAAUAUGUUUGUAAUUUAAUUUUUAUGAUGUUCUUGUUAGUUCAAAAUAAGUAGAAGUUGGAACGUAAUGCUAACUUAGUGGGAAACUUAAUUCUCCUUGUAAAUGAAUGUUGCGCUUAUUUAAUUUUCACAUCUUAUCGAUUGAAAAUCUUGAAGUUACGAAUGUACCUAAUAAUUUAAUUAGUUUUCCAGUAAGAUAUUUUUUCCUGACCUUUGGUAAGAGGAAAAAGUGUUAAAAAUGUAUCUCACUAGUCACUACUGUCAUAAAUUUUAUUGUAUGGAAUGUUAGAAUGUGGAAAUUGAAAGUUACGGAAAGCAGAAGAACUACAACAGUAUAACUAGUAACAGCUACUGUAUUAUUAUUGAAAAAAAGAAAGUCUUGCCCGGUACAUCCUGUACAAUUGUUACGAUCAGACUACGAAAAUGAAAAGACUUUAUAUAAGACUUAAUGGUGUUCAAACGCCUCUGAUAACUUGGGGUGAUCCAAUAUCUAACAAUGAGAAUGUAAUUAUUUGCAUAACAGGAAAUCCUGGAAUAUCAGAUUUUUAUAUUGAAUUUGCUUCAGAACUAUUUAAAAGUAUGUCAAUUCCUAUUUGUGUUAUUGGUCAUGCAGGACAUGAAGAGAGCCUAGAUAAGAAAAACAAAUAUUUAUUCAAUCUAAAAGAUCAAUUAGAACAUAAAUUAGAUUUAAUUGAAAACCAUAUUAACAAAAAUAGUAAAAUACAUCUCAUUGGCCAUUCCAUUGGUGCCUGGAUGAUUAUAGAACUUAUCCAUAAGCAAAGUAACUUGAUUGACAGAGUUUCCUCUAUAAAUUUAUUGUUUCCUACAAUACAAAAGAUGGCACUAUCGAGAAAUGGAAAAUAUGUAAAUAAUGUGCUGAGAAAGAUUUAUAAGAUUAUACUGUUUUUAAGUACAUUAUUUUAUUUACUACCUAAAUAUGUGCUGUUUUACAUUAUAGGUAUAUACAUAUGGAUAAAAUCUAUACCUUCUAAAUUUAGUUCUGCAAUUAUAAAAAUAUUGAAUCCAGACGUAGUGGAAAAUAUUUUCUACUUGGCAUUUAAUGAAAUGGACACGGUACUAUCACUAAAUACUGAAAGCAUACAGAAAAUUAAGCAUUUAACUAAUGUUGUUUAUGCUAGAAAUGAUGGCUGGGCUCCAGUGGAAUAUAUUGAAGAUUUAAAGCAAUUCACACCACAGCUACAAAUUAGGGAAGCUUUUAACGUUGAGCAUGCAUUUGUUUUAAAAUCAUCUGUGGAAGUAGCAAGUAUAGUAGCAGAUUUUAUUAAUACCAAAAAAAACAUAUCUUAGCUUCAAAUAUUCUUCAUGCUUCAUUAGGCAUUGAAUAUUAUUCCUUACAAAGAUUCAUUUAGAUUAAUUUUAUAAACAAGACAAUCUUGUGUGUUUAAACCAAGCCCUUUAAAACUAUGCGUUCAUAUACAAUAUGAACGCAUAGUUUAGAGGAAAAAUUAAAAUACCUAUGUACAGGUUGAGAGGAGAUUUAGUUCUAUUAGCAAGGUGGCCACCUGGAAAAUAUUAAGAAUAAUUUACGUGCCUAUUGAGACCGAUAAUUAUGUUAGGACGUUUGUCAACGUGGGUGAAACCGCGGCGAACAAUUAUAUUUUUUUUUCUAUCACCAUAAUAAAUCUGUUGCUUCUUUGAGCAUGUGUUGACAUUGUGUCCCAGCGAACACCAAAAAGUAACGAGCUUUUUAAAUAUUAAUAAUUGAGUGCAUUCCUCGCUUAUAGAGCAGCUGUGAUAGACUGGUUAAACCUACGGCUUCACUUUCGGGUUGCAGAGUUGCGCACAACUUUUCUAAGAUUUGAUGUGUGUACUAAGCUAUGAAAAUAUCACUCGUGAAGGAAAACAUCGUGAGGAAACCAGCAUGUCUCAGUGUUCUCUACAAUUUUCUCAAAGGCAUGUGAAGCUACCAAUCCUCACUGGGCCUAAACCCUUCUCAUUGUGGAAGAAGACCCGUGCCUAGUAGGGGGCCGGUUAUGAGUUUUUGAAAUUGGCAGUAUAAAUGAAUAGUUAAGUGUUUUAUUACACUUCAUCUUUCAAAUUUCUGGAAACACUGCAAACUAUUUUGACGCUAUGCCACGUUUAAUAAUAAGGCAUCUUGUGUUUAGACUAAAGCAGGUUCAGUAACUAGGGUAUGUUAGUAAGGGUUACCACGAUGGUGGUAAUGACAAAUGAUAAAAAUAAAAAUAAAAUAUUAGAUAUGUGCACUUAAAUUUAUUGAAACCAUAUAAUUAUAUUUAUUAUAUAUUUUGAUGGAAUUUUAUUAUUACACUGUCAACAUUAAGGGGCCACGUAAAUUACUUAAAUUUACCGUUAAAUCUGCGCGUUAGAUGAGGCUGGAUAGAUUAAGCAAAAUUUAUGCAUACUUAUGCUGAUCCACAUUGCCUUUUAAUUACUAUCGAAUUACGUCCAUUUUCCAUAUUCAAUCCAUCCGUAAUCUUUUACUUAGAACGUUGUCAUAGUCAAAAAAUAUCCAUUGAAUUUGUAACAAAUAAUAACUUUAUCAACAGAUUACAGAUAGAUUGAAUAUAGAAAACGGUCGUUAUCAGACUUGGACUACCACGCAGAUUGAACGGUAGCUUGAACUUGUGAAAGCCCCUAAUACAUAACCAUUUGUGAAAACAGCACCUUUACAUAACUACACCACAAUAAUUUACAUAGAGUUGCAGUUAACACAGAUGGCACGACCGAUUUUGGUAUCAUCUAUAUUAUUUUUAUUCAAAAUUAUAAUGGAUUAACAUUUUUCAGAACUUCCAAGUUUUAUUCAUCAAUGUACCAUAAAUUAAGAUGUCUUAAAUAAGUAAGUACCAGAUAAAGAACGAACAAAUAUGAGUAUAUCAUGUAACAAUGGCACUAAAUUAGGAAUAAUAGCACUGGAAAAUAUGAACAGGAAUCUUUAAAAGAUGAAUAGUAAUAAAAAGUUCAAUAUAUUAUAUGAGCAUAAUAAUUUUUUUAUGGUUAAGUUAGAUUGGAUAUGAAUAAAUGUUUACAACGGUCUAUGUUUUUUUUUUAAAUUAAAGUCGUAUUGUCUAUCUAGUACCUAUUAAAUAAGCUGUAAAGUGUCAACGACCACGAUUGGUUUCGCCAAAAAAAAUACUUUUAUGAUAAACUUCAUUCUGUAACAUUACAUUCCAUUAUUUAAUAAAAUUAUUUUUUAAUGAAAUUA